AUGGAUAGCCCAACACCGGCGCGGGCCGCCUCGGAAAUCGAGACAGUCAGCAUCAUCGAGCGUACCUGCUCCGUCUUCUCGCUCCUAGGCUCCCUCUUGGUCAUUUUCACAUUCUGCGCCUCCAAGGCUUUCCACAAGCCCAUCAACCGUCUCGUCUUCUACGCAACAUUCGGAAACCUCAUGACAAAUGUAGCAACCUUAAUGGCCCAAACAUUCAUCGGGGAUAUCAACUCGGCUGGAUGCCAGUUUCAAGCCUUUCUUAUCCAAAUGUUCAUGCCUGCCGACGCUUUCUGGACACUAGCCAUGGCCGUGAACGUGCAUCUUACAUUCUACUUUAAGUUUGACGCCCAGCGCUUGAGAAAGAUGGAGAUCCCUUAUUUCCUUAUUUGCUAUGGCGUCCCUUUUAUUGUGGCCCUGACCUUGAUCUUCGUGUCGACGCCAGACAAGGGUCGUAUGUACGGCAAUGCGACCUUGUGGUGCUGGAUUUCGCCCAGAUGGGAUAUAUUCCGUAUCGCCAUCUUCUACGGACCUGUCUGGAUCGUGAUGCUCAUCACCUUCUUUAUCUAUAUUCGCGCCGGCCGCGAGAUCUACAAGAAGCACAAGCAGCUCAAGGAGUUUAGCACUAGUCACCACGACCCCGAACCGUUGGCUGCGCUUGACGAUCUCUUCUCCUCGAGCAAGACAACUGAAGUUCAUGUUACUACCGAGGUCGUCGACAAGAACGCCAUCGAUCUCGCACCGCUUGGCGGCACCGAUGACAACCGCCAAGGGGGUUCCGGCCUGAAACCGCCCAAAGCCGCGUACUCGGUGACCAUCUCUUCCAGUCAGCGAGAGGCCAACCGCGAACCCCAUGCUACCAUUGAAUCUGCCGUCCGGACCAACGUCACCACCGACUCGCACAUUACCGCAGGCUCACGGGGCAAUGGCGGCGGAACGGGAGUCAAUCCGCUCCGUCGGCGCGCAGCCUACGAGGCCAACAGCGCGACUUGGUCCUACACUAAAUGCGCCAUUCUCUUCUUUACGGCCAUGCUGGUCACUUGGCUCCCGUCCAGCGCGAACCGCGUUUACUCGGUGGUGCACACGGGCGAGACGUCGCUACCUUUAGAGUACAUGUCGGCCUUUGUGCUGCCGCUUCAGGGGUUCUGGAACGCCAUCAUCUAUGUCGUGACAUCAUGGGGGGCAUGCCGGAUGCUGUGGGAGGACGUGUGCUCAUGGUCCAGCCGGCGGCGGCCAAACGCCGAGGAUCUCAUGCCCGGCCGGGCGGCUUUCCAGAUGAUGAGUAGCGGGCGCAACGGGUCGAAGCCUAGCGAGGGCAAUAAGGCCUUCGAGACCGAGAGCAUGACAGAGUUGGCCGGUACUCGACCGGGCUCCAGCUCCGGUCCGGCUUGGCAUUUGCUGCCUCCUCCUAUGAUAUCUGAGUGA